AUGUCUUCUAACAUUACUCCUGCUGCUGCCACUACUGCCAACCAGGCACUCAUCGCUCUUCUUGGCAGGUUGAAUGAGAUGGGUGAAGAGAUUCUCUGGUCCCGGUCAGAGGAUGAGAGGAUGAGGUUGAGCAGAGCUAUUGCUUCUCAAACGAAUGAUGCCAUUCGCUCUUACCGGGUGAUGGCUACCUACAUCCCCCUUCGCCUGCUCUCCAUGGCGGCUGAGAUCCAUAGGGCUCAGAGGGGUACCAUGCAAUUGGUGCAAGUACCGGAUUGGACCCGUGUUGGGAACAAUGAGGAUAUUUGCCGAGGGCAUCCACUAUACCCCAAGACAUUGGGUCCUGCUCCCACUCCUACAACCCCUACCGCCGGACCAACACUGGUAUCUGGCCCUCCACCUGUACCGGCACCUGCACCUGCACCGGCACCUGCACCUGCACCUGCACCUGCACCUGCACCUGCACCUGUACCGGCGACAACUUCCCAGUCCCCACCUCCAAUGAUCACCUUACCGGCUCCCAGCACAAUCCGCAUUCCUGGCAAUGCAACAUCCGGUGGUGCUAUUGCAGGCCCAUCGAAACCACGUAAACAACAGUUCAGCGCAAGUCCCCCACGUCCAGUCAAGAGGGCCCGAAAGGCUAUUCCAAAGUUGAAACAAGUGUUGACAGACACUGACACUGACAGUGAUACAGUUCACAUGGGCAAUGAUAAGCCAAAGGUGAAGGGCAAAGGCAAGGCAAAGGCAAGGCAAGGGCAAUGUCACCGGAUGGUGAUGUCCGGCACAUGGCCAUGGAAGAUGGCGAUGAUGAUCCGGAAGUUGAUCGGUCAGCUCCGUAAUCCAAAACAAAACAUGGUCAAAAAGAAUUUACCGGCCGUUGUUAUUACCAAAAGGCCAAUGCCACCUCCAGAUGAGAAGAAAAAGGUCGCUGAUUGGGAGGAAUACGAACCAGAGGAAAAGGAGGAGGAGGAGGAGGAGGAGGAUGCAAUAGAGCCUUCUGAGAUACUGGUCAAACCGGGAGAGGGACAAGAACCGUCCAAGUCUGGUACAGAUCAUACCAGAACAGCCAAGGGCAAGGCAAAGAGCAGGGGCAAGCGUCCACAUCUGAGGAUGAGAUGCAUCUGGCCGGAUCAUCCGGUCAUACCAGCCAUAACCAUGGCCACUCACUCCAAGACAACCGGAAAAAACAAGACCGUUGGGCAGUCCAAAGGGAAAGGCAAAAGCAAAGGCAAGUGUCUUAUUUUCGGUAUCAUCAACACUCAGUGUCCCAGUCCUAUUCCGGAGGAACCGGAUUUCAAUGUUGAGAUGCUUGAUGCCCCUGCACUCACCGGCACCGGUCAUCCUGGCACUACUGCAGAUGCAGGACCUGAGGUAUCUGUUGAUGAUUUUUCGGUGGAUCAAUGGAUCAAACCCAUCGAUGACAGUACCCUGCCCCCAGCACCAUUCAUGGAGACACUGGAUGACAUCCAGUACUCGCCGGUCUAUCCAGCUCAUACUCGAAGACCCCCCUCUCCUGUUGACAUUUCUGUACCCCUUCAGCCUCCGCAGCCCCGUCCUUUGACUAAUGUGGAGAUGGAUGCCAUGCUGGCCCAAAUCCAGAUCGAUAUGGAUCAGCUCUGGACAUGCGACGACAUGAUUUGCAAUGACCUGUCCCAUCGUAUUGACUGGCUGCAUGCCAACUACACCGAGCAAUUCGGCACCCAGAAGGGACUGGUAGAUCAGUUGACUGUUCAGGUCAGCGGUAUUGCCCGGUACCUGAGGGACAACCAAAGGACCACUCCAGCGGCAGGCUCAACUCCACCCACAUUCAAUCCACCACCCAUUGUCAUCCCCGAUACCCCCACAUUCCCUGAAUUUGGCUCAAUCAGUGCCUUGGGUCAUGCCAUCACCAACAAUGUCUUCACUCCAGAUGUGUUUUCGACUAACACACAUCCUGGUGGAGAUGGCUCACUAGUCACAAGGCAUGAGCAGGCAUCCGCACCCACCUCUACCUCUACCAUCAACCCUGUCCCCACCAUGGGGGGAUUUGGUCCACUCAGUCGUCCGGUUAGUGCACUUCCGGUACCAGCCCCUACUGUCACAAUGGCAUCUAUGCCCUCCACUAGCACCCUUCGCACCAUGCUCACUGGGCCACCAAAUCUGCCAGCAGAUGGCAACAAGGUCGGUCAGAUGUACUAG